GCACUGAUGAGGUGGCAUGGAUCAGGCAGCACUGAUGGGCACUGAUAGGUGGCACUGAUAGCACUGAUAUGCAACAAUGAUGGACACUGAUAGGCGUCUCUAAUGGGCACUGAUAGGUGGACUGAUUGAUGGACACUGAUAGGUGGCACUGAUGGGCAGCACUGAUGGGCACGGAUGGUGGCACUGACUGCCGACACUGCUGGGCACUGACUGGCAACACUGCUGGGUGGCGCUGCUGGGCAGCACUGAUGGGGGGCACUGAUGGGGGGCACUGCUGGGCACUGGUGGGUGGCACUGAUAGACACAGGUGGGUGGCACUACUUGGAACUGAUGAGCACAGGUGGAUGGCACUGAUGGGCACAGGUGGCUGGCACUGAUGGGC